AUGUGCUCACUUCAUAUGGGCAAAGAAGGCUGGAUGUUUGAAGAUGACCCUGAAGCAGCCAAAUACGGAAGUCUGCCCAAGGACCCUCUUUAUGGUUUUGAUACCCUGAAGCAGCUGUAUCUCAAGGCGAAUUCAAACCAUGAAGGAAGAUAUACUGUACCUAUUUUGUGGGAUACCGAGACUCACACCAUGGUGAGCAACGAAUCCAGCGAUAUCAUCAGGAUGCUCUCAACCGAGUUCGACCAUUUCCUCCCUGAGGAUCGCCGCGAGGUCAACCAGCCUGGAAUUAGUCUGUACCCAGAACAUUUACGACAAGAAAUCGAUGAACUCAACGAGUGGAUCUACAACGACAUCAACAACGAUGUCUAUAAAACAGGCUUCGCCAUGUCCCAGGUCUCCUACGAAGAGAACGUCGCCAAAGUCUUCAAAGCCCUCGACAGAGUAGAAAAAGUCCUUGAAAAAGGGCCCCUUCCUUUUUGGCGAACACAUCACAGAAGCAGAUCUCCGCUUAUACCCAACUAUUCUUCGCUUCGACACCGCGUACGUACCGAUCUCCAUGUGCAAUUUGGGCAUCAGAGAUCACUACCCAAACCUGCAUUUGGGGGUAAGGAGGCUGUACUGGGAUGA